AUGUUCGCAAUAGCUUUUACAGUCUUGGCUGCUUUGGCAAGUAUCAACGCUUCACCCAUUUCAAGCCGACAAAAUGGUUUACAAGUCAUCAAUAAUUGUAAUGUUCAAGGUCAAGUCGCGUUGACUUUUGAUGACGGACCAUAUCAAUACGAACAAGAUGUCGCGAAUGAUCUCAAUGGUGGAAAAGGUACAUUCUUCCUCAACGGAAACAACUAUGUCUGUAUUUAUGAUCGAGUAGAUCAAAUUAGGGCCCUGCACUCACAAGGUCAUACACUUGGAUCACACACUUGGUCUCAUGCCGAUUUGACCACACUUGACGAAGCCGGUAUCAACCAAGAGCUUGAAAAGGUCGAAAACGCUUUCAUCAAGAUUCUAGGUCUUAAACCUUUAUACUUCAGACCUCCUUAUGGAAGUUACAAUGAUUUGGUUUUACAAGUUCUUGCUCAAAGAGGUUACAAGAAGGCAUUCCUUUGGAGCGAUGAUACCGAAGAUGCCAGCGGUGCAUCAGUAUCUUAUUCUGAGAACAUACUCGACGGUGUGAAAAAUGACUACCCCAAUCCUCAUCUCGUUCUUGAACACUCUGUGAUUCAAACUACUUCCACCGAUGUUUUACCUAAUUCCGUUUGGAAACUGCAACAAGCAGGUUAUCAACUUGUAGCCGUCGAUACCUGCCUAGGUAGUGAUGGUGAAUGGCCAUACGAGUACAUUGGUGAACCAGGAACUCCCGAUGGUUCAUGGACAUGUUAA